AUGCCAGUUCAAUUCACGAAAUCCCCAGCUGACUUUGACCAUUAUUUGAACAACAACAAGGUUGUAGUGGCAAAUUUUACUGCGUCAUGGUGUGGGCCUUGUCAAGCUGUGAAGCCGGUGAUUGACCGUGCCUACGAUAUUUUCACGAGCGUGGAGAUUGUUAAGGUGGACUUGGACACUCAGAGAGAGUUGGCGAGCAAAUACACGGUGACUGCAGUACCCACUUUCAUCUUUUUCGAGGAUGGGAAGGAAGCAGCAAGGGUACGAGGCGCCAAUGUUGAACAGGUGAUGCAGGAGCUUCAGAAAUUCAACCAGCGGGCUGCUGGAGAGUCGAGAAAGGGAAAUGGCAAAGCGUCCGGACUGUCGUCCUCGACCUUAUCAAGCGCUUACUCGGGCAUCCGUGAGCUAAUACCACCAGGAUUUGACAUACUCAACUCCUCCAUCGACUUUGGCUCGUUUGAGGCGUUGAAUGCAAAAGCAGUUUACGAAGGCUCCAAAGUGCAUGACAUAUUCAAGUUGAGUAGCUCCGGCACUGGCUCCGGCACUGGCUCCGGCACGACUAGCACAGUGGUAUCGGAUUCCGACUCGCAAAUGAUGUUUUCAGUGCCGUUUUUGAACAUUAGCAAGGUCUACUCGGUUUUGAUCAAGGUGAACAGAUCCUUAAAGAAGGAGAAUUUGGCUAUAGACGAGGAGGAUUUGAACGAGAUCCAGCCACCCAACAUUGUGAAAGCAUGGCCAAACUUGCAGCAUCCAUUGUCAUUCGAGGACGCGUCCGCCGAUUCAAAGGCCCCCCUUGCCGAAUCAAUCGACGUUGCCGCAGAAGCUGUUUCCGAGAAAUGGAUAGAAAUCAAGCUCAAAUACGUCAAAUUCCAAAAUGUGCAGAACUUGUUCUUUUUUUUCGACGGUGAAGACGAAGACGCCCACUCGGCAAUUGAAAAAGUAUUAAUAGUUGGUGUCAACGGAGAUUCCAAGGAGCAAAAAACCUUGGGUCUGUUGGAGCAGGAAGGCUAG